CCACCACAGCCUCAACUCACAUUGUCCCCUUCACAAUCUUCAGCUCAAGCUGCGACAAUAGCAGCCAUGGCAGCCCACGCCAUUUUCACCACAACCCCAUCUCACCACACACUCCUUUUUUCGUCCUCGUCUAACCCUUCAAACCCUCCGGUUCUUCUGUCCUCAUUCCGUGGCGUCUCUCUCAAGCUCCCCCGCCAAUCCCUCUCCCUUUCUGCCUCUAUCCCCGAGAAGCCGUUUUCGGUGCUUGAUGUCACAAAGAAAGCAGUCGCUGUUCUCAGAGGUGAUUCUAAAGUUGAAGGCGUUGUCACUUUGACCCAGGAAGAUGAUGGCCCUACAACUGUGAAUGUUCGUAUUACCGGUCUUACUCCAGGGCCUCAUGGGUUCCACCUACAUGAAUAUGGUGACACAACAAAUGGAUGCAUAAUGAUAGGAGCACAUUUCAACCCCAACAAGAUGACACAUGGUAAUACAUUCUUAAAUUCACGCAGGAGUGCAGAGACAACAAUCGUGGACAAUCAGAUACCACUAAGUGGCCCCAAUGCAGUAGUUGGAAGAGCACUUGUGGUUCAUGAGCUUGAGGAUGAUAUUGGAAAGGGUGGACAUGAACUUAGUCUAACCACUGGCAAUGCUGGCGGAAGAUUGGCAUGCAGAGUUGUUGGCUUGACCCCGAUAUAAUUCAUUUCGAUGAUAUCAUUAGUUGGUUGGUUCUUCUCUUAUAGAGGCGCAUGUGAUGUUACUUUCA